AUGUUCGAUGAGCUUCUUAAUAUCAUUUUAGGUAGACUUGAACUAUCAAUGACAGUGGAGAUUUUAACGGGAAAUAAACAAACAUAUUGGAAAUCAGAACUGUCUCAGAAAUUUUCUGGACUUUAUAAUAGUACUGCUGAAAAGACCUGUAAUUUGAUAAAAGCCAGUCCUCAAUUUAUUACGUCAAUAAAGUUCAGCAUACCAAGUUGUAAAGUUCUUCGUUUUUAUCCAGGUUCUGUCAAAUCCGAAAUACAGAUAAUUGUAGAAUAUAUCAAUGACCUCAAUGUAACUCAAACACAAAUUCUUCAAGCAAUUGAAUUAGGUUCACAGUUGUAUGUAAUGGAUCAGUCGAAAAAUCCGUCAAUCGAUCAAAAUCAAAUCAUAUCAAUUAAGGUGGUUACGCAAAAAGACACCUGUAGUACAAUUUCAAGAAAAUGUUCACCACAUGCUCACUGUAUUGAGAGAUCUGAUGGAGCUAUUUGUAUAUGUAAUCCAAUGUGGACAGAUUUAAAUCCUGAUCAACCCGGAGAACAGUGUAUAAUAAGUGCAGCCGUGAUAGCGUUAAUUGUUGUUGCAGCAGUCUUAAUCAUAAUAGUAUUUGCUGUAGGAUUAUUCUUUGCACUUCGUACAGGCAGCAAUGGUCAACGCUUUAUGUAUUCAUUUGCUUAGUAAAUAAAUAGAAUUUUUAUAAUAUUUAUGCAUGC